UAGUUCUAGGGGGCAAGGGAGCCAGCGUUUCCUUAACAACGUCACGGCAGCGCUUCUUCCGCCCGACCCUAGAACUAAAGUACUUUGCUCGGGUUGUCUUUCCAUCAGCAUUCUUUCGCUCAUUGCGAGGGACCAGUCCGAUUCAAUCGUGUGUCAUAGUCGACGCUACGAGACGAUCGUGAUGGCUUCAAACGAUACCCGGGAAUCGGACUUGGCGGCGGAGGUCCGUGAAGGCCAAGCUCCCUCGACGGUUGAUGUCUCCCAAGAUAAGGACAAUCAGAUUCCUCAGACUCGAGAGACAGUCGAGGGCAGCAGCUCGCAGAUUCAGCAGGAACUUAGCGCCGCGAUUGAGCAACCGACAACAAGUGGCGAUAACACCGCACCGGCUCCUUCUGUUGCCCCGAGUGAAGCAGAAACAGCGAGGCCUACCAACGUCGCCGAUUCUGAAGUGUCUGACUUAAAAGCUGGUGCGCCAGAGAGCGAAUCAAUGCCAGAGCAACCCUCUACUCCUUUAAAGGAUGUCGAAGAUGAAGGGCCAUCGCUGGUUAUCACCCUUCUCUUGAUCACAGGAGCGAGACACCCAUUCAAGAUCGACGGGAAAUAUCUACGAAAACGAGCAGUCAAUGUUGAAGACUACGAUCCAUUCCGCAUGAGCGUAUAUACUCUGAAGGAACUCAUUCUGAGAGAAUGGCGACCAGAAUGGGAGCCUUGCCCAUCGUCUCCAAGUUCAAUUCGUCUGAUUUAUUUCGGCAAGCUGCUAGAAGAUAAAGCCCCUUUGUCAGACUCGAGGUUUAGUCGCGAUACCCCGAAUAUCGUACACAUGACAAUCAAGCCACAAGAAGUAGUGGAUGAAGAGGAUACCAAGGGUGCCAAAGCCCAGUACAGCCGGGAACGGGAAGCAAGCGAGAGAAGCCCUCGCUGCCAUUGCGUUAUCUUAUAAGCAACUUUCAAGUUGUACCUCACAUGACGAGCAGUUGCAAUGAUCGCCGCUAAUUGCACAUUACCGUGUCAGGUUACCAGUAUCAGUAUAGGCUGGUGGCUUCAUCGGUAUCAGUGGUCAUUUGCACCGAUCACUGUCACUACCGCAGCUUUCUUAUCUUCAUUUAUCGUCUGGUCAA